GCUCGGGAGGUAAAUGUGGCAGAGGCUCGGGCAGCCUUUUCCACUAUGGCCGGAGUUAAUACAUUACCCGGGCCUGGGCCCUCCUUUCGCAAUCAGUGCUGGAGAUCUGGUUACAGAUUUACCUCGAACAAUGUCGGCUAUGCGGAUUAAAGUCCUCCUUGGCCUUCGUAUAAGCCAUCCCUUCUUCUCCUCAGGAACUGCUCACACCUGGGCCCCAAACAUGAGGGCCCAGGAGGACACUGAGGGCCAGACACAGCAUGAGUCCCUGGGCUCAGCAGGGACCUCCACGAAGGACCCCCCAACGGCCCUGUGCACAGAGCCCAAGUCUGACAUGUUGUACAAGAUAGAGGAUGUGCCGCCCUGGUACCUCUGCGUCCUGCUGGGCUUCCAGCAUUACCUGACCUGCUUCAGUGGCACCAUCGCUGUGCCCUUCCUCCUGGCUGAGGCGCUGUGUGUGGGCCGUGACCAGUACAUGGUCAGCCAGCUCAUUGGUACCAUCUUCACCUGUGUGGGCAUCACCACCCUCAUCCAGACCACACUGGGCAUCCGGCUGCCGCUGUUCCAGGCCAGCGCCUUUGCAUUUCUGGUCCCAGCCAAAGCCAUCCUGGCCCUGGAGAGAUGGAAAUGCCCUCCAGAAGAGGAGAUCUACGGUAACUGGAGUCUGCCCCUGAAUACCUCUCAUAUUUGGCAUCCACGGAUACGAGAGGUCCAGGGUGCAAUCAUGGUGUCCAGUAUGGUGGAGGUGGUGAUUGGGCUGAUGGGGCUGCCUGGGGCCCUGCUCAGUUACAUCGGGCCUCUUACAGUCACCCCCACUGUCUCCCUCAUUGGUCUCUCUGUUUUCCAAGCUGCUGGUGACCGAGCUGGCUCCCACUGGGGUAUCUCAGCUUGCUCCAUUCUCCUGAUCGUCCUCUUCUCCCAGUACCUGCGAAAUCUUACCUUCUUGCUGCCUGUCUACUGCUGGGGAAAGGGCCUCACUCUCUUCCGCAUCCAGAUCUUCAAGAUGUUUCCCAUCGUGCUAGCCAUCAUGACCGUGUGGCUGCUCUGCUAUAUACUGACCCUGACGGACGUGCUGCCCUCAGACCCCACAGCCUAUGGCUUCCAGGCACGAACAGAUGCCCGAGGGGACAUCGUGGCUAUUGCUCCCUGGAUCCGCAUCCCCUACCCCUGUCAGUGGGGGCUUCCCACAGUGACUGCGGCUGCUGUGCUGGGAAUGUUUAGUGCCACAUUAGCAGGCAUCAUUGAGUCCAUCGGAGAUUACUAUGCUUGUGCCCGCCUGGCUGGCGCACCACCCCCUCCAGUGCAUGCUAUCAACAGGGGUAUCUUCACUGAAGGCAUCUGUUGCAUUAUCGCAGGGCUGCUGGGCACGGGCAACGGGUCCACCUCGUCCAGCCCCAACAUUGGUGUCCUGGGGAUUACCAAGGUGGGUAGCCGGCGCGUGGUGCAGUAUGGUGCAGGUAUCAUGCUGGUCCUGGGCACCAUUGGCAAAUUCACAGCCCUCUUCGCCUCGCUCCCUGACCCCAUCCUAGGGGGGAUGUUCUGCACCCUUUUUGGCAUGAUUACAGCUGUGGGGCUGUCUAACCUGCAGUUCGUGGACAUGAACUCCUCCCGCAACCUCUUCGUGCUUGGAUUUUCCAUGUUCUUCGGGCUCACGCUGCCCAAUUACCUGGACUCCAACCCGGAUGCCAUCAACACAGGCAUUCCUGAAGUGGACCAGAUUCUGACUGUGCUGCUGACUACGGAGAUGUUUGUGGGUGGAUGUCUCGCCUUCAUACUGGACAACACAGUGCCAGGAAGCCCAGAGGAACGAGGUCUGAUACAGUGGAAAGCUGGGGCCCAUGCCAACAGUGAGAUGUCUACCAGCCUGAAGAGCUAUGACUUUCCCAUUGGGAUGAGCAUGGUAAAAAGAACUGCCUUUCUGAAAUACAUUCCUAUCUGCCCAGUCUUCAAAGGAUUUUCUUCAAGGUCAAAAGACCAGCUUCCAGUUCCAGAAGAUACCCCACAAAAUACAGAAACUAGGUCUGUGUGCACCAAGGUCUGAAAAACUACGCCCAGGAAAGGUAGCAUGGUAUAUAAGAGGAAAAGAAAACUGCAUGGGGAGUCAGAAGACCUAAGCUGGAAUCCCAGCUCUGCUAACUAACUUCUUAAAUAGGCCUGGAUAAGUCACUCUCUGGGACUUCGUUUUUGCAUCAGUUAGGGGAAGACUGGGCCAAAGCCUCUAAGAGCCUGAGAGACUUUUCCACCAUUAUUUUGUAUUUCUAAAUCUUUACUUUCCUAAGCAGAUGUGUCAGCAUAUAGGGAAUAGCUGGAAAAUUUCCUCUACCACAUCUUUGAAUGCAACUUGAUCAAGACAAAAAGAAACCAGGACGGAUUCCAGGGCCUGAAAUGUAGGCAUGCUGGCAGGAUUUUAGAUAGAAUCUGAGCCCCCAAUAUCACUUACUUCAAGACCAAAGCAUAUUAAACAACAUGUUGGAGCAAUAAUUUAAGUUUCAUAAUUUAUACACAACCAUUCCCUUCUCUCAAGGGAAAUAUAUCUAAACUUUAAAAGUCUGAGGUUUAAAUUUAAAAAGCAGUGUUCUUGAAUGUCCAAUCUUUUGGCAGCUACAAAAGAAUGAGAAGGAAUUAACCUCAAAUAGACUGAGUCAAACAAACCAGUUUCUAGACAAUGGAAAGAUACUGGGUCCAGUUAAAGUUAUACAUUAUGCCCAGCAAAGGGCUUCCCUCCUCAGAGCAACCAGGGUUAUUUGUGGAGUGUCUAAUGUAGCCAUAAGCAAGCAUAUCCCAACAGACUAUUCAGAUCAUGUAUCUGCUUAAUUGGGUUACUGUCAUUUACUGCAGCAAAAGCUAUACCACAAGUAAAUUUCAGUGUUCUCUAUACAGCCUUUUAGAAAAAUGGUUUCCAAAUGCCUGAUAGGGCAGGCUGGCGGUAUCCUCUGGGAGUGCUUUUAAAAAAUUAACAUGCCUAGAUGAUUGAUUCUGCAGGUCUGGGAUGUUGCUGAGAAAAUUUUUGUAAUGCUGCAUAGGUAAUUAUGAUGUACAGCCAGGUUAGGAAAUCAGUGCACAAUGAACAGAAGACAACUGCAAAAAUUACUUCAGUCUAGGGGUAAAUUCCAGAGAACCAUCUUGUAGAAGCAACUACAGAUUAUCCAUAUGGAAAGAAAGUUUAACAUUCUGACUUUAAAUUAUUUUAUCUUAAUUUUAGCAAAGGAAUCAUUAGGUUUUACUCUAGUACUGAUGCUUAGUUAUCAAAAUACCUGAAAAAACUUUUCACUACAAAUAAACCAUCAGCAAUGAGACACUGAGAAUAACUAAAAAUAUAAAAAGAUUUGUGUUCCUUUUCUGCCAAAAGCUUGUAAAAGUCCUUAUCACAGUUCCAAAUGGAGUUAGGGUAACUCAAUGAAAAUCCUGGGUCAGGAAAUAAAAUCUCAAAUUUUAUCUUUCAGAAAAAAUCUGUAAUUUCACCAAAUAUUUAAGACAAUUAAAGAGCAAAACCUCUCCAUCAAGCUACUUUUGCAUAGGCAAGUCACAUGAACAUCCUGUGUACUCCCUUUUGAAUGCUUUACGACAUUUCCUAGGGCAACAUAGUUAUCAUAACUAAAAGCAGUGGCAAGAAGUCUGUUAGUAGUCUCAGACUAGCUCCAGAGUGUUGCCAGAAGUCACUCCUUAUCAUAAGUGAGACCAGGAGGCCUCUGCUUCCAUAGUAAGAAGCAGCAGAAUUUCUGAAGGGGAAGAGAUGUAGAACUCUUCUUAAAACAGAUGGUUGCUAGCUUUUCCACUUAUGCGAGAGAUGAGCUAGGUUUUAAAAAGAUGAAAAAAUAACU